AUGGCAACCCCAUCGGAUCCAAAAAACUUGCGAGUGCUCAUCUCGGGCAUCGGAAUUGCCGGGCCUGUGGCUGCUUAUUGGCUGAACAAGGCGGGCGUUUCAGUAACUGUGUUGGAGCGCUGCGAGCUCCUCCGAAAAGAGGGACAAACGGUGGACAUCCGGAACGAGGGGGUGAAGAUCAUGAGAUGGAUGGGGGUCGAGGAGGAGGUCCGCAGACUGACGACCAAGGAACUGGGGAUCAAGUUUGUCGAUUCCAGCAACCAAACGUGGGCUGCUUUCCCCCAGUCCGGCGAGGGCAGCUUCACGAGCGAAUUCGAGAUCGUCAGGGGCGAGCUGGCGACGGUCUUCUACGAAGCCUCGGGCGGCAAAAUCGAUUACAUCUUCGGGGAUUCGAUCGAGUCGAUCGAAGAGACCGGCCAUUCGGUCAAGGUCACCUUGCAGAAGGAUAGCACGAGGAGCAUGGAGUAUGAUAUCCUCAUCAUCGCUGAGGGCCUCACCUCACGCACCCGAGCCAAGGCUUUCAAUGAGGACGUCCGCGCCCCGAUCCGAAGCUUGAAUCUCUGGGUCGCCUCCUUCUCUUACAAACAGGGAGAGUCGGACGAGGACUGGGCGCGCUGGUACAACAUGCCCGGUCGCCGGAGUUUCCUGGUUCGGCCGGACGGUUUUGGAAGAGUACGGGCUUCGGCCAGCUGCAUGGAUGAAGGGGAGGCUAUCAAGACGAUCGCCAGCUCGCGCACCUCGACCGAGAAGCAGAAGGAAUACUUCAUCAACAUCUUCAAGGGCACAGGAUGGGAGUCCGACAAGAUCCUCGAAGGUCUCCGCACGGCCAACGACCUCUAUGUGCAAGAGAUCGCCCAAACCAAGGCGAAAUCGUGGUCCAAGGGAAGAGUCGUCUUGGUGGGCGACACGGCCUUCUGCCCCUCGGCGGUCACCGGUAUGGGUACGACCGCGGCCAUCGUAGGCGCAUAUGUGCUCGCUGCCGAGAUCGUCAAGAACCCCACCGACCAUCGGGCUGCAUUCGCCGCCUACGAAGACGGUCUGCGGGGCUGGAUCGAGAAGAUUCAGAAGCUCCAGCCCGGCGUGCCGAAGCUCAUGAACCCCCAAACCGGCUGGGGAAUCAAGUGCCUGCUUGGAUGCUUGUAUCUCGUCUCCACCGUCAUCAAUAGCAGGCUCCUCGCUCUCCUGAGUCCUCUCAAUCCAGCCAACUACUUCGAUAUCACUGGCCCUAAAAAGACGGCCUUGAACCUUCCUGAUCCCUCCAUCUUCGAAAAACGUGAAACCCAAACAUAG